AUGCUUCACCUGCUAACUUGGCUUCUGCUUUCUGUGCCAGCUCUUUCGGCUGUGGAUGACAGUUGUGCCCAAAGGCCGGAAGUAACUGCUUUAAAAAACUGCUGCAAGCUGCCUAAUCUGGACUUUUCCAGCUACAACUCCCAGUGCGGUCAGUAUUUGGUCAAUGGAGCACACAUUACACCUUGCAGCUUCGAGUGCAUUUUCCAGGCUGCAAAGGCUCUGAAUGGCACCAGUUUGCUAAUGCCCAACAUCGAAAAGAUGAUGAAAACCAUUCUGGCCACCGAUGAGUUUGUGCAGGUCUACGUGGAGGGCUUCAGGAACUGCUCCGCCCAGGAGCAGCUCAUGAUCAAGACCCUCAGGCGUCGCCGCAUGCCCGUCACUGGGAAGUGUGCCUCCAUGGCUCUGAUGUACGGAUUGUGCGCCCAUAGGCACUUCUAUCGAUACUGUCCGGACAGCGUGUGGAGCAAGAGUCCGGGCUGCAACGAGGCCAGGGAGUACAGCAUUCGCUGCGAGGACCAGCUAACCGGUUAG